CCCCGUAAAACAUCUGUUGCACGCUUUCCCUUUUCGCGUUUCCCUCCUCCAUUGCUCCUUACAACGGUGGCCGAUGCUGGCGCGCGCGAAUUUGCUCUACGGUCGGACGAUUGUGCGAUAGGUUAGGUGAAGUGCCGGGAAAACUUUUUUCAUUACAUGUGGACUUGUUGGACCGAUUCUCGCACCCGGUAUCGUAACAAAGGCGUCGCAGUUUCACUUGUCCAGGAUGAAGCAGUGCCCGCUGACGGACACGCUGGACUUAAGUUCCCAGCAGCAACAUCAACAGAAGGUGAUUCAACAUCACCACCAUCAUCUCAACAACAACAACAACAACAACAACAACAACAACAACAACAACAACAACAACCAUACGAGCAACAACAAUCAUACGGGAGGUCGUGA